CCCAUGGACAUCAAAACAACGUGAAUUUUUCGAUUUUUGUUCUUUUCCUCUUCAAAAAGUCGACUUACCCAGAGAGAAAAAUGGCUCGAAAUUCGGAAAAAGCAAUGACCACCUUGGCCAGAUGGAGAGCCGCGCAUCUGGACAAAACAACCGAUCGAGGAGAUCGGAGACCGUUUUUAGCGUCCGAGUGUGACGACCUUCACAAAUCGGAGAAAUGGCGCCGACAGAUCAUCGGAGAAGUCUCGCGCAAAGUGGCACAGAUUCAGAAUGCUGGUCUUGGUGAAUUCAAACUGAGAGAUCUAAACGAUGAAAUCAACAAGCUGUUACGAGAGAAGGGCCACUGGGAAGACAGGAUUAAGGAAUUAAAUGGUCCAGACUACAGGAAAGUUGGUCCACGUAUGCUUGACCACGAGGGGAAGGAAGUCCCGGGAAAUCGGGGAUACAAAUAUUUUGGUGCUGCAAAGGAUCUACCGGGUGUGAGAGAAUUAUUUGAACAGGAACCACCUCCGCAGUCGAGAAAAACUCGAGCCGACCUGAUGAAAAAUAUCGAUGCCGAUUACUAUGGUUACCGAGAUGAGGACGAUGGCGUGUUGGUGCCACUGGAGCAGGAACAUGAAAAAGAAGUCAUCGCCAGCUAUGUUGCGCAAUGGAGGGCUCGGAAGGAAGCCAUGUUGUCCGGGGAAAUACCAAAAACAGAUGACGUGGCGUCGGACGAGGAAGAUAUUUAUGCUGUGAAAGAACACGAGUCCGAUGAGGAAGCUGACUCCAGCCUCACCGAAGCAUCGACUGCAGAAUCGCAAUUCAUCGCCCACGUUCCGAUUCCGUCUCAGAAAGAGGUCGAAGAGGCGUUAUUACGGCGAAAGAAAAUGGAGCUUUUGCAACAAUACACAAGCGACACGUUACAGAUGGAUACGAGCGAAACAAAGAAAAUGCUAGGAUUAUAGUGGUUGCCAUAGUGACGGUGAGUCUCUGCAAUAAUUGUGACCCGUUUUUGAAAAACCAGUCUCUUGUCGCCAAAAUUUGAAAGGAGGUUGCUUUUCGUGUCCUUGUAGCACUUCCUGAAAUUCCAACACAGUAGAAAAAAUGAAGACAAAUACUUUUGUCGGGAAAUAUGGGAAGAGUGAGAAAAUGCUGUCUGCAGCCUGGGUGCCUGGUGGUUAACACUGCUGGCUACCACGCAGGGCUGGGGUUCAAUCCCAGGAGAACCCAGGAUCGUGUCACUGGAUGAACCGUUGUGGCUUUCAAGGAACUAAAGUUCCUGGCUUUACAAAGCCCUUCCUUUGCAUGGCUCCACCUCUGGCCAAAGAUGUGUCACACGGCCAGUAAAAUCCAGUUGGGGCCUAACGGUAGUGGCACAUCUUCCUGGGGCAUAACGCUUCCAAGUUCAAAGUGGAGGCUGAAGAAAUAGAUUCUUUAAAAAAACGGUGUGAAAAUUAUUUUCUUUUUGGCUCACUGUAGGUGAGUCUAUACAACACCGCAGUGUCUGUCGUCUGUCGUCGUAUACUGUUUCAAAAACAGUGGCAGGUUUUUAACCGCUAGGGCUAUGAACUUGAAACUUCGGACACAGGACCCCUAGGUCAGGUGACCUCUGACAAUGAAUUUCGGUCCGAUCUGAUUCUUGACUUGGCCACCAGGGGGCUAGAAGUGGAAACCUAAGUGUGAUAUCUUUCUUAUGAGUGACUCGUUUUCGACAACAUUUUUGUGGUAGGUUCUCCUAGCAAGGAUACAUCACAUAUCAUACGGGUUUUUUACUUAAAAUCAAAUUGGGUUGUCAGCGACAUGAGAUUGUUUUUGCAAGAACAGGUUACAAUUCACAGAGGUGAGACCCCUGCCGACUUGGAAAUUUGGCUCGAUUCUGUUAAGAUGUUGUCCCGAAAGCAUGUUGCUCGCUUUCUGAUAACUUAUAACGUAUAACAGAGACAAGACAUUAAAUCUGCGAUUUUUCUCUCAUCGUCGGAUGGUAGUAUGUGCUACAGUGUGUCUCAUGUCUGUAAAAUUGCAUUUAUAUUGGAACUGCCUAGGAUUCUUUGGAAAGGAUAUAUUUGUGUGACUUUGCUUCAUGUGCAAUUGUCACAAAACAUGUGGAUUCGAUGAUUUUGUGACUUUGCUUCAUGUGCAAUUGUCAUAAAACACGUGGAUUCGAUGAUUUUGUGACUUUGCUUCAUGUGCAAUUGUCACAAAACACGUGGAUUCAAUGAUUUUGUGACUUUGCUUCAUGUGCAAUUGUCACAAAACACGUGGAUUCAAUGAUUUUGUGACUUUGCUUCAUGUGCAAUUGUCACAAAACGUGGAUUCUUUACAGUGGAUAAUUUUGUGAAUUUGCGUCCAGUGCAUUUGUCACAAAACAUGUGGAUUCUUUGCAAUGGAAAUUGUUGUGACAUGUCCACUUAUCACAAUUCACCUGGAUUGAUAAUUUUGUUACUUUGUGACAUGUGCCUUUGUCACAAAAGAAACGCUCACCAAGUUCAGAGAUUCUCUGGAGUAUUUCUGGUCGUUCCAAGCCGUUGA